AUGGGAAGGUUACAUAUUUCAGCUUCUUUGGGUACCAAGUUUGAUGGACCUAUUCAAGCUUUGAUGAGAAUUAAACAAGCUGUUGAAGAGGACAUAAACAGUUUUCCAAGUUUUACAUCAAUACCUCAAUGCUGUCAUGCAACAGGACUAACUAACAACAGUCAAUUCAGAACAAAGGUUAACAUGAACCAAGCCUGUGUUACAAUAUCAUCAUAUUCCCCACCAGAACGGACAUUCCCAACAACUAAAAUACAAGAAGUGAUGAAAGAUAACCAUAAUCGUAAUCCAAACCUAAAAUGGCAGUACUUUGGGAAGGAAGAUGGAACAUUUUUGAACUAUCCUUCCUUUAAACUAAAUGAUUGUUCCAAUUAUGAUCCAAGAUUCAGACCAUUUUAUGUUUCCACGGCAACCCCUGUUCAGAAAGAUGUAGUGGUUGUUAUUGAUAAAUCUGGAUCCAUGAGUGACACUCAUAAUUCUAAGACAUUACUGCAGAUAGCCAAAGAAGCUGCCAUCUCAGUCCUGGAAACACUUAAUCCAAAUGACAGGUUUGGGGUAGUAUCUUUCAGCUCCUCUGCUUACAUCCCAGGAUCUGGCAUGAUUGGCAGAGGGUGUCAUGGAACAGAAUUAGCAAAAGCCACACCCCUUAAUAUUAAAUUCAUGAAGAGUCAAGUGAGUUUUAUCAGAAGUGCCGGAUCUACUAAUUACGAAGCAGCAAUGAAAGCAGCCUUCAAUUUUUUUGUGAACAAGCCGGAUAUGUCUGAUGAUAGAGGAAAAGUAGUUUUGUUUUUAACUGAUGGUGAAAAAACAGCUGGUGGAGAACCCCUUGAUGUUAUAAAGGAAGAAAAUAGAAAGAUAAAUAACAGUGUGGUGAUAUUAACAUACGGUCUGGGACAACAAUUAAAUGUUAAUGCCAUACAGAAGUUGAAGGAUAUGGCCGCUCAGACCAGGACUGAUGCUAGUUAUGGCGAAAUAAAGAGUGGUGAAUUCAAGCACAUUUCUAAUCCUGACUUCCUGAGAUCUUCAAUGGCAUCAUAUUACAAUCGUUUCAGUAGCAGUGAAAAAAUUCAGAACCCAAUAUUUUCUGUACCAUACCAAGAUUUAUUUGGGAUAGGUUUGAUUUCUUCUAUAUGCCUGCCUGUCUAUAGACCUGGUGGUGGAGAGUUGGUGGGCGUGGCUUGUUCUGAUGCGACUGUGAGUGACAUUAUGUCGGACAUUUCAUACUUCAGACAAGGAGAGCUAUCAUAUGCAUUCAUUGUUGAUGGAACAGGAAGAACUCUCAUUCAUCCAUUGUUACCAUUACCUGAUAGUGUGAAGGACGACCCAAUAUAUGUAAACAUUGAACAUUUAGAACGCUCCUCAUCAGCUUCUAAUGUUAUAGAAUCUAUGAAAAUUGGAAAAACAGGAAAUAAAACACUAUAUUCAAAAAGGACAGUUCCAAGGGGUAACAUGCUGUACGAGGGAAUUGAAACUGAAGACGUCCUAUCACAUUAUUAUUGGAAACCAGUCAGUCAGAGUAAUUUUUCCGUGUGUAUUGUUGUUGGUGAUAAUGAUAAACAGCCUAUACUAGAUCCUCAGACUGUUACACAAGAUAGUUUUGUUUAUCAUCGAUUGGACUAUACCACAACAGAAGGAUCAAACUGUCAACAUUUUACACGGUUUGGUACAAAAGAUAAAUCUGUUGUUAUGUUGACCCCUGGUGCAUUUCUAGAGCCAUUUAAUUAUCUGGAUAUAGAUGAAACUAAACCAAUGAUUACAAAGUAUGAAGACUUUUUAACAGGGAAAAAUGUCGUGAAUAAUCCAGGGUUAAAGGAAUCCAUAUUGAAUUCUGUUUCCUCAACAUACCCUGCUGAAAGUAUCUGGAAGUCUAGUAGAGAGUUAUCUGAGUUUGUUGUAUGGAGAUAUAUCGGUACAGCAGAUGGAGUGAUGAGGCUAUAUCCUGGUGUUGAACUACCUAAAAACUAUGACCACACAAGAAGGGCCUGGUAUAAAAGAACUAUAGCACUGAAAGGACAGGAUGUGGUCUCUGCUCCGUACCUGGAUCUUUGGGGAUCUGGGUACCUGAUAACACUUAGUAAAACUAUCACAGAAGGGAGAGGAUCAACAUCUGGUCAGACUGUAGCAGUGAUUGGAACAGAUUUUACAAUCAACUAUUUUUAUCAGAUGAUGCAGAACACUUACUCAGAUUGUCAAAAUACACAACAGUAUAGUUGUUUUAUAAUGGACAGCAGUGGUUACAUAGUUAUACAUGAAGACUUUGUUAGUCCUGCAGAUUCUACCUCACCCAAAAUAGAAAAUGUUCAUGUAAUAUACAAGGAAAGAGCAAUAGCUGAAGACUUGAUAAACCAGAAUAUGAUGAAUAAAGCUUCAUGCAUUGAUUUUGAAACUAUCAAUGAGCAGUUUACAUACCGGGUUGCGACGAAUGGUAAGGAUAGAAUGAAUUCAAAUACCAAAUACAAGAUAGAUCCAGUUCCUAACAGCAAUAUAUUUAUUGUAAUAAGACAGAAAGUCUACACAACGUCUACAAGGUGUUGCAGUACUUAUGGAAUAUCUCCUGAUUCCUAUAAAUGCAGUUCUAAAUCAUGUGAUUGUUUGUGUUAUAAAGAUGCCGAUUUUGAUUAUUGCAACAAUACAUACACUUUGUUAGGUGAUGCUGCACAAACAUGUAGUCCUAGAGACCCAGAACUACAGACAGAAAAUCUGAAUGACGCAGAAAAGAUUAAAAAUCUUCAAUUUUGCUUUGAUCCAAAAUGUUCAACAAGAACACAGAAAUCUGAUUGUUUUGGUGUGGCAGAAUGUAGUUGGUGUGUCAAAAAUUCCAAUGACAAGGAACUACAACAGCCAUAUUGUGCCUUACAGAGUGUCUGUUACUUUGGACAAGUUGGAUCUAAAGACCCAUAUAAAAAUUGUGUUGGAGAUAACUGUAACACUGAUGAAGAAGGAGGCAUAAGUGGUGGAGCUAUAGCUGGUAUUGUCAUUGGGUUGUUAGUGGUUGUCAUCAUUGCCUUUUGUGUUAUUAGACAUAGCAGAGCCAAGUCCAGUAAGUCAUCAUCCAAUGGAAGAUCGUCUUUCUCAACGGAACCUACCAAUACACAACAAACAAAUUCUCAUGACAAUCCAGCAUUUAGACACCAAAAUCAAAGUUCAUCAGGGAGACCCUCACUUCAGCAGCAAUCAUCAAUUCAUAAUCAGGAUCAUCUCAUGUUUUAUCCUCAAAAUCAAAGUGCUGAGUACACUGUUCCAACAGCCCCUACAGAACAACCUCCGUCAUAUCAUUCAGUGGUUUCUAAUGGAGGUCAGCCACAGCAUGGUUAUUUAUCCAAAUAAUUCCUAUUCAGGAAUGGAAAAUAGAUCAUAUAUGUAAUAAAUGAUAUAAUUUGUAUCAAGUCACUAUUUGUAUAUUUGAAUGGACAUUUAUAUGAGAAUACUGUAAAAUUAGUAUUUUGAUAUCUUUUGAUGUAAUUUGGUUGUGGAUUAUUCAUUGGGUGGUUAUUUAAUUAAACAAUGACAUAUCUCUAUAAAUCAAGAAAAGAGGUGUACAUAGAUUCCACUGUCCACCUGCAGAGUUACCAGUUUAAUAGAGAAAUCUCAAGUCAUACAAACAAUAACACAGUGUUCUCAUUUGAAAUUAGUUCAAAUUUUGAUAGUACAUUGAGUACAUGUAUACACAAUGACAGAUUUUUUGUUUAUUUCAAGAUGAGUUAUAUAUUUCAAACAAAAUUAUUUUGUUGAUUUAUAAAAUGUAAUGUUAGAUAAAACUAUGUGAUAGUUACAUGUUAUUGUCCGUUGAUAUUAUCACCAAUAUUGUUAUUGAUGGGUUUUUUUAAAUGACUAAGAAAAAUUUGUGCAAUGUUUAUUUUGUAUAGACUUCAUUUUUACAUGUGCAGUACAUUUAUUCUCAAGCUUUAUAUAGAUCUCACCAUGCCAUACACAGCCUUGUGACACAACAGAGCUUUAAAAAAAUUUUUUUAUAUAAAUAAGGCCGUUAGUUUUCUCGUAUGAAUUGUUUUAUUGUUUAACAUUGUCAUUUCGGGGCCUUUUAUAGCUGACUAUGCAGUAUGGGCUUUGUUCAUUCUUGAAGGCUGUACAGUGACCUACAGUUUUUAAUUUCUGUGACAUUUUGGUCUUUUGUGGAGAGUUGUCACAUUGGCAAUUAUACAACAAAAUGUAUCACAUCUUCUUUUUUUUAUACUUAUCACUGUAAAGAAAUCUGCAUCUGACUAAGAGUAUUGACAUCUUUUUGCUAUGAAUUUUCUUCGGUGAGAUUGAAAUUUGACCUUAACCUUUGUCCACAAAAAGACAUAAUAUGUUGAAACAUUUAAUUGAUGAUAUGGGGUUUUCCAUGUCAAAUUCAUGAUACUUCUAAAUAUGAUGACAAAAAUUGAUGGCUAGGAUCUUCCCAUUAACAUAUAGAAACUGGAAGUAGGGGAAUUAAACCGCAGCCAAAUGUCUUUACCAACUUUGUAUGUUGAGACCCCACCCCAUUGGAAAUAAAUAUUAUAACAAGGAUAAAACUUGGGUUUGUUUUCAAAUGUUAGAGAUUGAAAAUAAAUAUUCACAAUUGCUAAAAUAUAUACUAUGUAUAUUCAUUUACCAUAAUUGUACUUUAAAAGUACACUUUAGGUGGUACCCAACACUUUAACUAAAAAUAAUUUGGCUCGUUUAAUUUUCAUCAAAUUUUGAAAAAGUAUUUACUUUGAUCCUAAUUGACAAAAAUAUAAAAAAUUCAAAAAAUUUGAACCAAACUUUUUAUCAGAAAAAUAACACUGGUUAUAUAGCAGUUUGACAAACACUUAUUUUGAUUAUUGAGAAGUUUAAUUAAUAUACCCUUAACAACACAACGUAAUUAAAACAUUUAGUUGAUUUUAUAGAGUUAUCUCCAUGUAGUGUUAGGUACCACCUUAAUCUAGAUUUGUGUAUAUUUUUGUCCUACAGUUGAAUAUUAUUGUGGAAUGUUUACGGAUCAAUAUUUUUGUUGUAGAUAUGUUUGAGGGGGGUCUGAGGGGUCCUGAUUUGGAAAUUCUGGGCUUAAAAAACAUGGAUUUCAGAGAUCCAACAUUUAAGAAAUAUUAAAUCCAGACAACCUGAAAUUAAAAAAAGAAAUCCUGUAUCCCGACCGGGUCAAUCCUGAAAUCACAAGCUUUAAAACACCUGAUCACAAAAUCCCUUCAAAGGUCCUUUCCCCUCUCAUGUUUUAUUGACUGGUGAUUUGCCUUGUUUUAAAUAGACACAAUUAUUAAGUAAAGAGUGUAUAUUUAAUUCUUUUACAUGGAACUGUGAUAUAAAUGUUGUUUUUGUGAAGAAUAUUAUAUAAUACCUACAAUUAUGAUAUGUGUUACUUGAUAAUUUUUGUAUAGUCAUGUUAAAUUAAGCAGAAAUGCAUCUACAAAUAUUUCUCAUUUGCAUGUUUUUUUUAAUAAAGGAUUAAAGACAUGUUUUCUAGAGGUUAUUAAUGUGUAAACUGGGGAGGUUAACUCACAAACUGAAUAAAAGUCAGAGGUUUAAUAUGAAAGUAGUUUGGGAAACAUGAUUUAUCACAUGUAAACCAAGAGAAAAAAUAUAAUUUACCAAUCUUAAUCUAAUUCAAGUAUUUAUAGAAAUGUUAAUCAUAUCAGAAUAAUUCUAAAUUAAAAUAAGAUAAGGACCAUUAUUUCAUUGCUUAACAUGCAGUGCAUGUUUUAGAAAGAAUUUCUAUUAAAAACAUAUUAUUUUUGUCGAGCCUGCAACUUUUGUUGCAGAAAGCUCAACAUAGGGAUAGUGAUCCGGCGGCAGCGGCGGCAGCGGUGUUAGCUCACUUCUUAAAAGCUUUAUAUUUUAGAAGGUAGAAGACCUGGAUGCUUCAUACUUUGUAUAUAGAUGCCUCAUGUUAUGAACUUUCCGUCAGUCACAUGUCCAAUGUCCUUGACCUCAUUUUCAUG